AUGGGACGCAAGUUUUUGGCCGAGGGAUAUACUCUCGCAAUUUCAGAGACAGUUUCAACUCGGCCCAGAUGCUCUGAGUACCGCUCUGGCAACGGAGAGAAGCCUCGCUCUCCACCGGAGCCAGCUGGCCAUAGUGCGCUGAGUCAAAACCACACAGAGGACGUCGGGCAUAGUCAUCACACACCCACUCGCUGUCUUUGGGCUCCGAAGUGCGUUGUCACGGCCGUAGCCAAGUAUGACCACAUGUUGGGCUGGGAAAAGGAUAGCAUCAGCAACGGCGCUGCAUCCAUUGGUCGGAUGAUUGCACCGUCUAACAGAGAGAUGAGAAGUGCGUAUGAAGUGCUAAAGGUUGAGGCACCAAGGCGCCCAGUUGACGGGCUUGUCUAUGCGUACGCCGAGCUUGUCAAUCCGGCUGGACAAGCGAUGAUCAGAACCAACAUCCUGCGCAUUCUCCUCCCAUGGACGCAUCACAUCGUGGAUAACACAAGUUCCCCUUCAAAUCGGAUGUCGAAUGCCCUUAUGGCCUCAAGAGGGACCCAUUUCCAGAGCGCAAGACGCGCAACUCACCUUGCCUAA